AGAUGAAACGCAAAGAGUCUAAAGAAGUCUGCCACACGCACACCGCCAAGCGACUACACCACCACCACUCUUCACACGUAACCAUCCACACGUCGUCACUUGCGCGGAAGAUAACAAUGAGCUUCGUCCGCCCUGCCUCGCACGCGGCGCCAAACGGGAGGGGGUGGUACGAGGCGAUCCCUGAGCGUCUGAAGGCGACGCUGGACGGGUACUUCGCCCAGGCGACACACCACUUCGGCGAGGGGGACGGCGGGGCGCGUCGACUCACAGGCCUCAUCGCUCCACAUGCCGGUAUGGCCUACUCCGGCCGCACCGCGGCGGAGGCGUUUGCAGUGUUUCGCGACUACCUGUACGCGAAAGACACAGCCGGCAGCCAGCUGGAGCGGGUGUUUCUUCUCGGUCCGUGCCACGUGAAGGGCUUUGAGGGCUGCGAGCUCUCCGCGGCCAGCAUGUACGAGACCCCGUUUGGGCCGCUUCGCGUGGACGUGUCCACCGUGAACAGCGUCAUGGCAGCACUCAGGAAAGCCGGCGUGGAGGCAAACAAGGCGUCGCGCCGCACCGAGGAAGGGGAGCACUCGAUUGAGAUGGAGACGCCGUACCUCGCGCACGUCCUGCACUACCCCCCGCCAGGUGUCGCUGCUGCUUCCGCACGCGUGUCUAUUGUGCCCAUCAUCGUUGGGUGGACGGAGCGGAAGGACGAAAAGGCCUUCUACGAGGUACUGAGGCCUUACAUGGACGACGCGAAGAACUUCUUUGUCUUCAGCUCCGACUUCUGCCACUGGGGCGACCGUUUCUCCUACACCUAUCACUACAAGCGGAGCGAGUACCCGAACGUGGGGGACUCCAUUAUCGCCAUGGACCACGCCGCGAUGGAUUUGCUGGAGCACCGCGACUUGGACGGCUGGUACAGCUAUAUGAAGAUGACGCACAACACCAUCUGCGGACGCGCACCCAUCGGUGUAGGCCUGCACCGCUGGGCAGCGAAGGACAGCAAAGCACAAGUGAAGUUCGUGCACUACGCGCAGUCCAACAAGUGCGAGGAUGCUUACGACUCUUCUGUGAGCUAUGCCGCGGCUGUCAUUAUGGAGUGA